AUGUCAGCUAGAUUACUAGUAUCUACUAAAAGCCUUAAAAGCGGAAGAUUGCAGGGCCUUGCGUCCUUGUUGAGCAAAGUCAACUGCGCUCACAGCGUUCCCUACGCUCAGAAGAGAGUCGGUUACUCCAAGAGACACGUUGCAAGCGUUAGCGGUGUUGGAACGACUGGGACCAGAUCUACCGUAGUUCAACUGCUGAACAACAUCGGGUCCAAAAGAGAGGUCGAACAGUAUCUCAAAUAUUUUACGUCUGUCUCGCAGCAGCAAUUUGCGGUGAUCAAGGUCGGAGGUGCUAUUAUCAGCGACAACCUUCAAGAACUAGCCUCGUGCUUGGCGUUUCUUUACCACGUCGGCUUGUACCCCAUCAUUCUGCAUGGGACAGGACCUCAAGUUAACGGUCGCUUGGAGGCCCAGGGCGUCGAGCCAGACUACAUUGAUGGUAUUAGAAUCACCGACGAGAGGACCAUGUCUGUUGUCAGACAGUGCUUCCUGGAACAAAACUUGAAGCUUGUCACUGCCCUAGAGCAAUUGGGCGUCCGCGCUAGACCAAUCACCUCUGGCGUGUUCACUGCCGAAUAUCUUGACAAAGACAAGUACAAGCUUGUUGGCGACAUCACUGGCGUUUGCAAGGACCCAAUCGAGGCCUCAAUCAAAGCAGGAGCCCUACCGAUUCUGACUUCGCUGGCCGAAACCCCUUCCGGCCAGACACUCAACGUCAAUGCCGACAUUGCCGCUGGCGAACUGGCGCGUAUUUUCGAGCCCUUGAAGAUUGUGUACCUGAAUGAAAAGGGCGGUAUCGUCAACGGCGAGACACAGGAAAAGGUUUCUGUGAUUAACCUGGACGAGGAGUACGAUGAGCUGAUGAAGCAAAGCUGGGUGAAGUACGGCACCAAGUUGAAGAUCAAGGAAAUCAAAGAACUGCUGGAUUACUUACCACGCUCGUCUUCUGUGGCUAUCAUUAACGUCCAGGACUUACAGAAGGAACUUUUCACCGAUUCUGGUGCUGGUACCAUGAUUAGAAGAGGCUACAAGCUAGUCAAGAGAUCAUCGCUCUCAGAGUUCCCAACUCCUGACGCUUUGAGAGAAGCGCUGCAAAGAGACCCAGAUAUUGCUUCGGGUGCUCAGUCCUCUGCCACGUACUUGCGCGACCUGCAGUCUUCUGAAUUCACCACGUACUCCGAUGAGCCAUUAGAGGUUUUGGCGAUAGUCAAGAAAGACACUUUGGUUCCAAAGUUAGAUAAGUUCUUAUGCUCAAAGGUCGGGUGGUUGAACAAUGUCACCGACAACGUUUUCAGCUCUCUAAAGAGAGACUUCCCUGCUUUACAAUGGGUUGUUAGAGAGGACGACGAAAACAUAGGCUGGCACUUCAGUAAGUGCGACGGCUCCUAUUUAAAAAACGGCAAAGUCCUCUUUUGGUAUGGGGUGAAGGAUCUUAACACCGCCUCCCAAUUGAUUAAAGACUUUGUUGGCACUGCUUCCGCAGCACCUACUGGCAGCACCUCUGGUGUUUUCGCAUCUGGGCAAGCAACUAGAGCUUUCUCCACUGCCAGAUCGUAUUCCACAAGAAGUGAGCCUAAAACUGAAGGCACAAACACUAAAAAGGGCCGCGUUGCCCUUAUUGGUGCGAGAGGUUACACUGGCCAGAACCUUAUUUCCUUGCUCGACAACCAUCCUUACCUGGAACUUGCACAUGUCUCGUCUCGUGAGCUAAACGGAACUAAACUGAAAGGUUACAACAAGGCUGAAAUUACUUACGAGAACCUGCAGUUAGAAGACUUGAAGAGACUUGAGUCCAAAGGCAAUGUUGACAUGUGGGUCAUGGCUCUCCCUAACGGUGUUUGCAAGCCAUUUGUUGAGGCAAUCGAAAGUGUCAAAGGGAAGUCAAAGAUUAUCGAUCUCGGUGCCGAUUACCGGUUUGUCCCUGAGACUGAGUGGGCUUAUGGUUUACCCGAGCUCAACAACAGAGAAAAGAUAGCUGCUGCAAAGAAGAUUGCCAACCCUGGCUGCUAUGCCACAGGCGCUCAAGUCGCUAUCGCCCCUCUGACUGAAUUUAUAACUGGCCUGCCCACCGUUUUCGGCGUUUCUGGUUACUCUGGUGCUGGUACCAAGCCUUCUCCAAAGAACGACCCCGCUUUCCUGAACAACAACCUGAUCCCUUACGCUCUCACAAAUCAUAUUCACGAGCGCGAGAUUUCUACUCGUCUCGGUCUAGAGGUCGCUUUCGUCCCUCAUGUGGCACAAUGGUUCCAGGGUAUCUCCCAUACAAUUUCAAUCCCCAUAAAGAAAGGCUCUCUGACUUCUCAAGAUAUUCGCUCCAUGUACGAGAAGUUCUAUGAAAACGAACGCCUGGUCAACGUUGCCAAAGACAUUCCUUUGAUGAAGUCCAUCUCCGGAACUCACGGCGUUCUCGUAGGUGGGUUCAAGGUCAACGAUGCCCAAGACCGUGUUGUUGUUUGCGCUGCUAUCGACAACUUGUUGAAGGGCGCUGCGACCCAAUGUCUGCAGAACAUCAACUUGGCGCUAGGCUACGGCGAGUAUGAUGGUAUCCCACAGGACAAGAUUGCCCAAGACUGA